GAACAGCAGCGGUUCUUGUGUAAGCGCUCCAGGAAAGCGUGAUAACCCUCUCAUGCACGCGGGCUUCCUUCUCUGAUCAGCUGACUCGAGCAUGCGGAAGAAGGCAAUUAGAAACGUUAGUAGUUGAGAAAACCGAGAUUAAAAAGUUAGAUGCAAAACGUCCAAAGAAGAGCUUCCAGCAGCGCAAAGAGGGAAAGUUAAGUAUUCUCGUCUGUCCGCUUCUGAUAGGCUGUUUUACGCUCUCUGACCUGUCAGCGGUCUGGAAUGGCACACAGUGAGUCAGAGGCUGCAGUGAAUGUAGUGAAUGGGAAUCAGGUGUCCUAUAUUGGACAUGACUGUGAGGCCAUUCCAGAGUUCCUCGCAGUUAAAUAUGGAAGCAUUGCAAGGCGACUAGAUCUCAGCUUCAACCGACUGAGGUCACUGACAGGCCUGAAAGCAUUCAGCCAACUGGAAGAGCUGAUUGUGGACAACAAUCUUCUCGGAAAUGACCUCCGGUUGCCCAGGUUACCGCAGCUCCAUACCCUAACACUCAAUAAGAACCAACUCACCGACAUCGAAGACCUUCUAGAGCAUUUACAGGAAGUGACGCCAGCACUGGAGUAUCUGAGCCUGCUGGGAAACGAGGCCUGCCCCAACCAACUGGUCAGCCUGGAUAAAGACGAGGAUGACUACCAGAGAUACAGGUACUUUGUACUGCAUAAGCUGAAGAAUCUGAAGUUUCUGGACAGCAGGAAAGUGACCCAGACAGAGCAGCAGGAGGCCGAGGCCCGCGGAGCGUUCAUGAAGGUGGUCAAGCCCAAAACCGAGCAGGGUCUCAGUGAUGUCGGAGCAGAAGUCACCCUGCCUCCUUACACCCCUCUACCAAAAGGAUCCAGAGACGGCAAAAACCACAAAGGGGUGUUUGCCAAGUGCCGCUACGUCUACUAUGGCAAGCAUUCAGAGGGCAAUCGCUUCAUCCGCAAUGACCAGCUCUGACAGACAGACAGACAGUCGGACGGACAGGCUGCCGGACGAGCAUGCAAGGGGGGGCUUUAUAAAGAUAUCCUCCUGCGUGUCUUUAUAAAUAUACAUAUCGCCACAUGCAUUUUAAGCAGCCAAACACAGCCCUCUAGUGCCUUCUGCUGAGUGUGCCAUCGCUGCCACCUCACAUCGCUCUCUCUCUGGCUGAGCACUGCCAUUCACACUGACAUGAUUGCCUUUAAGCAGCCCUACCCCUCUGCACUCACACACACUUACAUACGCUUACACACACCCCACGCAUACACACACACCAAGCCAAGCGCCUGUGCUGACAGCCACUGUUCCAUGAUGGAUUGCCUCGUCCAGCCGCUGCUCUCCGCAGGUCAAAGGUCACACCUGAGGCUGCAGUGGGCCCACACGGACACAGAGGAUGAGCCGCCCUCAAAGUCAAAGCUAAAGUUAAACACACAGAGAGACACUAUUCAUUCCAUCUGUUCAUACGUCUCACUUUGUGUUCAGAAAACAAGUGGACAAAUGACAGCGUUAAGUAUGAACUGUCACUGACGAACCUCGCAUCUCCAAAGAACUUCACGAAGAAAGAAGGAGAGUUCUUAACUUUAAUGUAUGUUUUAUUCCAGGUAGUUUUGGACCUUUUAUGUGUCGGUGCGCUCCUCAUGAUACGUCAACACAAUGUAAAGGGCAGCUGGUGUUUUUUUAACAGUAUAAAUAAACAAAAAUGAACAAAAUGGAGUUGCGAGGUUUUGAUAUGACAGUGAUAUUUUUUUUUUUUUAAGUCAAGUUUUCACUCAGGAAACAUUAAAUAGUCGCCAACAUUGUGUGAGAAUGUUUUGAACUGCUUUUUACCACUUAAUCAUAACCACUAUUGAGAUUGUAGUAAUAUUGUUUAGAAUAAUUAUUAAAAUAAUUUGCUCUUAGAAAGUUGAACUUUUUCUGAUGGAAAGCACUUGAUGAACACGUUAAGCAGUGUAUUUGCUCAAAGUAUUUUUCGCUUUUUUUUUUUUUAAAUUGAGGAGUGAGGGGCAUUUUGCAGGCUCCUUGUACUGAGGCCUCUUGUAUGCUUCUGUGUACGUGUGGUGAUGUUAAGCAUGUGUGUGUGUGUGUGUGUUUAUGUGCUGCGUGAAGCUGGUGUGUUGCGGGGGCAGAUGUUGCUGUGCAGGAGCCUGGAGGAGCAGGGAAAGUGGGAGGUAAUGAGCUUUGCUCUCAUUGCUUGAGUGCAGGAGAGGAGAGAGAGAGAGAGUGAGAGAGAGUGAGGGAGAGAGAGCAGGACUGCAGGGAGGGGGAAGAGAAGUCAACAACUUUCUCCAAUCCACUUCUGAUUGCCUCCUCAUGUGGGUUUUGGACCUAUUCACACCAUUUUAAUGACUUGCUCUCUAACUUUUGUUUAUGGAAAAGAAAAAAAAGCCUAUAACAGCUUGUGCUGUGUUUCAGAAGUGAUGGCCAAAACAUUUGGUGGAAGGUUUCACACAUCAAGUACAUUAGAUACAGUAUGCUUGAGAAAUGUUUUAUAUUCAGUAUUUUCUUCAUGUUUUACUUUGAAUGCUUCAUUGUUUUUCUUUUUGAAUAUUGUAUUUCGGAUUUUAAACGCUGAACUCUGCACCAAAGCAAGAUGUAAUGGUAAAUUUCACCAGGGUAACCAAAGAGCUACAGCAUGCUAAAUGUAUUAAGUUGCCUUAAUGUACACUAAAUUAUACUUAAUCAUGUCAAUGAUUUAUUCAUAACACUCUUUUGUUCUGUUCUAAUUUAGGAGGGGGGCACGGUCCUAGUUUCCUUUUUUCUACAGAAAUGUGCAUUUUUAAGCAUUUUAGAUUGCAAAGAUAAUCUAUUCAAUAACAUUAUUGAGCAGAACAUUAAUCAUUCUAAUUAUGUUACUUACAUUAGCCAAAAAUACAGUAUUGUAAUUGUUUUAUUGGUAGUAUGUGAAACAGUCUUUAUAAUUGAUUUAUACAUACAUGGGCAAUUAUUAAAAUUUCUUAAAAAAGUAAACAUUCA